UGUGGAAGCUUGGAGUGAGAUAGCACUGGAUCCGUUCUGUAUGGUUUUAUCCUGAAAUUUUCAAUAAUUAUAUAAGAAGAAAGGAAAAGAACACCCGUUUGGAUUAAUUUCUUUUAACGUAGGAUAAAGUAAACAAUAUGGGGCGGUGAACAUGUGGAAGUGAUUCGCAGUGGAUUUUUUAAAAAAACAAUAAAUAUUUAUUUAUUAUUUCUUUAUGAUUAUUUUCGUCACUGGACUCGUUUAACUUAUCGUGGGAAAGCGGCGGCGUUUUGGCCUGAAAGGAUGGAUCAGGCAAAUAUCCUGAGGAAGUUCAUUCAAGGGGUUGAAGCCAUGCGAACCGGGGACCAGAAAGGCGAGGAUAACUUCGGCAGUGACUUCAUGAGAUUACGAAGACUAUCGACCAAGUACAGGACAGAAAAAAUCUAUCCCACGAAUGUUGGCGAGAAAGAAGAGAAUGUGAAAAAGAAUAGAUAUAAAGACAUACUGCCAUUUGAUCACAGCAGGGUAAAAGUGACGUUAAAAACCUCCAAUCAGGACACAGACUACAUCAAUGCAAAUUUCAUCAAGGGAGUCGACGGGCCUGAGGCCUACAUCGCCACGCAAGGCCCCCUGCCCAACACUGUCAUCGACUUCUGGAGGAUGAACUGGGAGUACAACGUAGCGGUCAUUGUAAUGGCGUGUCGAGAGUUUGAGAUGGGAAGGAAAAAAUGUGAGCGGUACUUCCCCCUCUUUGGUGAUGAGCCCUUAACUUUCGGACCGUUCAGGAUCUCCUGUGAAUCUGAACAACCUAGAACUGACUAUUUCAUCAGGACUCUAAAUGCGGAGUAUCAGAAUGAAACACGUAGGAUAACGCAGUUUCAUUACAUUAACUGGCCCGACCACGACGUCCCCUCCUCCUUUGAUUCCAUCCUGGACAUGAUCGGCCUCAUGAGGGAGUACCAGGAGCACGAUGACGUUCCCAUCUGUGUACACUGCAGUGCUGGCUGUGGACGGACAGGGGCCAUCUGUGCGAUUGACUACACGUGGAACCUGCUGAAGGCCGGGAAGAUCCCAGAGGACUUCAACGUGUUCCGGCUGAUUCAGGAGAUGAGGACGCAAAGGCACUCUGCCGUCCAGACCAAGGAGCAGUAUGAGCUGGUGCACAGAGCCAUUGCGCAGCUUUUUGAGAAGCAGCUGCAGCACCUGGAGAGCCCCACCAACUCCGAGAUCACUGAUAACAUGGACGAGGGCAGUCCGGAGAAAGCAGACCAAAAUUCGGACGAGGAGAGAUGGGACACGCCUCCCCCAAAACCUCCCCGGAUCCGCAGCACCUGUCAGGUGGAAGGGGACGUGAAGGAGGAGAUACUGCAGCCCCCGCAGCCCCGCCCGGUCCCGCCCAUCCUCACUCCCUCCCCACCCUCCGCCUUCCCCACGGUCACCAACGUGCGACAGGACAAUGACCGCUACCACCCCAAGCCAGUGCUGCAUGUGUUGGCCUCGGAGCAGAACCCGGACCUCAACGAGAACUACAACAAGGCCCCCGAGGGCGGGCCUUCCCCUGUCCCCGCCCCCGUCCCCGCCCCAAUCGCUACCCCUGUCCCAACUCCUGUUCCUGGCCUGGAGAAGAAGCUGGAGCGGAAGCUGAGCAUUGAGAUAAAGAAGGUGCCGCUGCAGGAGGGCCCGCGCAGCUUCGAGGGGAACAGCCUUCUGCACCGCACCCACGCCUUCAAGUCCAAAUCCCACGCCAGCAGCAGCUCCCUGUGCGAGGACUCCCACAGCUCGCCCGAGUGUGACGCCCCGCCCCGCCCCAACCACCUCCCGCUGCAGGACAAAGGCCAGGCCGCCUGGUCCCGUUCCGGCUCGGAGAAGCCCCCCUCCCCCUCCCCCGCCCCCAGGACUGCUCUCAGCUUCACCAACCCGCUGCACUCUGAGAACUCGGACUCCGAGGGCGAGGGCCGGCCCCUCAGGGCCCGGUGGGACCCCAGCGAGAGGACCAGCAUCUCCACCGCAAGUGCCACUGUCUCGGCCGCCCUGCCGGGCGAACCUCACCCCGCCCGCAGGGUCACCUCCAUGUCCAUCGCCAGCCAAAUUUCGCCCUCAGAACCUGCAACAAACUGUGAUGACAGUGAAGACUCGCCCCCUCCCCUGCCCGAGAGAACCCCCGAGUCAUUCUAUCUGGCCUCAGACUCUCCAGGCCAUAGGAGCAGCACUGGAGGGAGCCUAGCGGCCUGGACCGGCUCCCCAGACAUUUUGGGAACAGCAACAGACUUCCCUCAGAGUGCGAAGACCCCCAGGAGUGCAGAGAAAGAUGAGCCGGGAGAGGGGGGGAACAGGAAGACGUGUGUCCCGGGAGAGGAAGUGAGUCCUGCCAGCACGCAUGCUGACGCGGUGGGGGAGAGCGAGGUUGCCACGGAGAUGGGAUUCAGUAACCGCUGCACAAAGCCCAGGGGCCCCCGGGACCCCCCCGCAGAAUGGACAUGAUAGCUGCAGACCCCCC